UAUAUCUCAUUUUUUGUUUGCCAAUCUUUUAAUUUUCUUAUAGUCUCCAUUUUUUUUGGCAACAUCGUUUCGCGAUAAUCUUUUUCAAAAAAUUCCUGUCUAGUUUUUACAGUGAAGAACACUGCUGUACUUGGCUGUCAAAAAGGCGAGGGCUAUGUUUGCAAAAGUUCUGAAGCCAUUUUACUUACUCAAUGAAGUUCGUCAGCAAUUGAUUUGCAGCUCCAGAUUCCAACCCUAUUCUUGCAUAAAAAAAAAGCCAAAUACUUGUCCUAAAGUAAAACCUCCUUGUUUCAGAACUUUAAGACCGAAAAAGAAAAAAAUUGUUGUCAAACUUUUUACCCAAAUAGAGGAGGAAGCAGAACGGAUUAGAAUGCAAGCAAUUGCAUCACGCAAGCCAUCCAAAUCUGCAUGGGGGCAUACUCCCGAUUGUUGUGUUGAGAAAUGUACCAUUCCUUUUCGUUCCGAUCAAAUUCACUAUAGGCCAAUCAAUCCACAUAAACGGAACUAUAACAAAACCUGGAUUGAUUGUCGAAAGGUCGAAAAACAACCAGUGUGUCUUAAGGAAGAAGGUGAAGUAAGUUUUAGAGAACCACAAAGCAGAAAAUUUCCCAGAAAAGGAGGUGUAUGUAAGGAUUGGUUUCCCAAGAUUCCAUCGCAUCUACUCCCUUGCAAAAAUAAGAAUCCGGUUGCCUGUAGUACAAGUGUUAGAAUGCCUAACUGCACUAGAAAGCAUCGUAAGCCACCAAAAUGUAAAAAAACACGUGUACCCUUAGUAUGCGAAAAAAUCGUUAGUCCAUGGCCCAGUUUCUCUGAAUGUGAGUUGAUUGAAUACCCGAAACCUGAACCUCCAAAAGAAUGUAAAUGCUUGCUGCAUGUGUCUCUAUGUGAGAUAUUACGACUAAUGAAAGAACAAGAAAGUAAGAAACCAAAACCCGAAAACAAGAGAUGUGCCACUUAGCAGCAGUAUAUCUGUUUCUGAUUUUUGCUAUCAGUUUCUCAGUAAAGAAAAAAGGUCAAAUUUUUUUUUAAAAAUUCUUUUUUUCUUUAAAUGCGAUACUAAUGGCAAUACUCAAAAAUACAUAUUCACUUCGCAAGAUAACUAAAAAUUUGGUUUAAAAAAACCAACAAAAUUUCUUAGUAGACUAGGAGUUUUUCAAAAUUUCCAGAAACAAACU